AUGUCGUGGCACCCACAGUACCGCAGCUCCAAGUUCCGCCAUGUGUACGGCAAAGCAGCCAGCAAGGACAAGUGCUAUGACUGCGUACCCAUCACGCGAAACGUCCAUGACAACCACUUCUGUGCUGUGAACCCCCACUUCAUUGCUGUGGUGACCGAGUGCGUAGGUGGAGGGGCCUUCCUCGUCAUUCCCAUCCACCAGACAGGCAAGCUCGACCCACAUUAUCCGAAAAUAUGUGGGCACAAAGGGAAUGUUCUGGACAUCAAGUGGAACCCGUUCAAUGAUUUUGUAAUAGCUUCAUGUUCAGAAGACACCACAGUUAAAAUAUGGAACAUCCCCAAGCAAUUGCUAACAACAAACAUCACCAGUCCGAUGAAGGAACUUCUUGGGCAUGUCCGAAGAGUGGGUCUCAUUGAAUGGCAUCCCACUGCUAAUAACAUCCUCUUCAGCUCUGGCUAUGACUACAAGAUAAUGAUCUGGAAUCUUGACACCAAGGAGUCUGUCAUCUCAAACCCAGUGAAGAUCCUCGACGCUCACAAAGAUGUAGUUGUCUCCAUGUCAUUCAAUACAGAUGGCAGUCUCCUUGCCACAGCCUGCAGAGACAGAAAGAUACGUCUGAUAGAUCCUCGUGCAGGAACAGUCCUACAAGAAGACAGCUACAAGUCUCACAGAGUCAAUAAAGUCUUGUUCCUUGGAAAUGUGAAAAAGCUGUUCUCUACUGGAACAUCUCAGUGGAAUAAUAGGCAAAUUGCAUUAUGGGAUCAAAAUGACCUUUCUGUGCCUUUACUGGAGGAGGAUCUGGAUGGCUCCUCGGGACUCUUUUUUUAUGAUUCAGACACGCAUAUGCUUUACGUGGUGGGAAAGGGUGAUGGAAAUAUACGGUACUAUGAGAUAAGCCCUGAGAAACCAUACCUGAACUACCUGAUGGAAUACCAGUCUCAUUUACCACAGAAGGGAAUAGGAAUUAUGCCAAAGAGAGGCCUUGAAGUGUCAGCUUGUGAGAUUUUCCGUUUCUACAAACUGAUCCCAUCUAAAAGCCUGAUUGAGCCCAUCUCCAUGAUUGUGCCUCGACGGUCAGAGUCAUAUCAGGAAGACAUCUACCCAUUGACCUCAGGAGGCCAGCCAGCACUGACAGCACAAGAGUGGCUGAACGGAGUUAACAAAGGGCCUCUCUUGGUGUCCUUGAGACCAGGCUCUGGAGCUGUGAAUUCCUUACCACAACUUCCUGAGCCAAAACCACUCAUGAAAACUACUGACCUGAGCCAGCACCAGGGUCAGGGAGAAAGGGUGCCACUGAAGGACAUGCAGAAGCCAAGUGAGAUCGAAGACGGCAGGAAACAGCAGGAAGUGGAGGAAAAAUUGCCAAAAAAGGAGCAAAUGUGCCUUUCCAAUGGCUUUGACGUAUAUGAAAGUCCACCACCAAAAACUGAAAAUGAGCUUUUGCAGAUGUUUUACCGGCAACAGGAAGAAAUCCGUAGGCUACAUGAGCUGAUAAACCAGAGAGAUGUCCAAAUUAAACAACUGGAGCUGGAGCUCAGAAACCUCUGCAGGGAUACAGGCAGUUACUGA